AUGAGGGUUUUCAAGAAGACCAGUGGAAAUGGAGGGCUGACCCUCUACCUGGGGAAGAGAGACUAUGUGGACCACGUGUCCCAGGUGGACAAAGUUGAUGGCGUUGUCAAGCUGGACACAAGUGAUUUUGGAGACAGAAAAGUGUUCGUGCAGCUGGCAUGUGCCUUUCGUUAUGGUAGCGACGACCUGGAUGUGAUGGGCCUGUGCUUCAGGAAGGACAUCUGGCUCCAGCAGGUCCAGAUCUACCCCGCGGACCACAAGCCCACCUUGAGCGCUAUGCAUGAUACCCUGCUGAAGAAGGCUGGAGACAACUCAUACCCUUUCACUUUUGAAAUUCCCAACAACCUGCCAUGCUCAGUCUCUCUGCAGCCUGGACCAGAUGACAAGGGGAAGGCUUGUGGUGUCGACUUUGAAGUCAAAACUUACCUUGCCAAGGAAAAGUGCGACCCUGAUGAGAAGAUUGAAAAGAAGGACACUGCUCGCCUUGUCAUCCGUAAAAUCCAGUACGCCCCCACUCAGGUCGGUGCCGGACCCAAGGCUGACAUCUGCAAAAGCUUCAUGAUGUCCGACAAGCCUGUUCAUCUAGAAGCGUCCAUGGAGAAAGAUCUCUACUUCCACGGCGAACAAAUCCCAAUCAAAAUCAAAAUCAACAAUGAGAGCAACAAAACCGUAAAGAAAAUCAAAAUCACUGUGGACCAAACCACAGACAUUGUCCUCUACUCAGCAGACAAAUACACUAAGGGGGUUUUUAACCAAGAGUUUGGAGAGACAGUGGAGCCUAGCAACACCUACGAGAAUACGCUGAGCAUCACACCACUGUUGGCUGACAACAAGGAGAAAAGGGGUCUUGCGUUGGACGGACGUCUGAAGGACGAGGAUACCAACUUGGCCUCCACCACUAUGCUGCGGGGUAUAGAUAAGGAGGUAUUGGGAAUCCUGGUUUCUUACAAAAUUAUAAUUAACCUCAUGGUGGCCGGAGGAGGCCUGCUGGGUGGUCUCACUGCCAGUGAUGUCACAGUGGAACUGCCAUUGAUGCUCAUGCACCCCAAGCCAGCAGAGUAAAGACUGCACAUCAGCAGAGGAUAUUUCCCUGGAGGUUGAGAGGAAAGACAGGAAGACAACGAUGGGAAUAGACACAAAACAAAGAAGAAGGAUGGGACUGAUGUAAUGAAACCAAAUAACAAUAACCGAGCAACUGAAGAGAAUGACCUUUUCAACACACAAAGGAUAUACGUGUAGAUGUAACACCAGUCCCCUCACAGGUCUUGUUGUUCAUGGUUUUGUUGUUUGAUGAAUGUAAUUUAGCUGUAGAAUAGAGCAUUUGGAUUGCAAAAUAGAAUCCAACAUUUAGAAACCAAACUUAUGUCAAACCACACACAUAGGCCUACAUGCAGAAAAUAAAAGUCACCUUCGCCACCCUUCAGAGUAUGAGUCGGGAAAGAAAAAUCAGCUUGAAGCCCAUAAAAACCAUGGUGCUUUGGA